AUGCCACAAUUCACCGAAGUGACUGGGAACGGCGGCGAAUACUAUGGGUUCUGGCUUGACACCCAAGGAGGCCCGACUAUCAACCUGACAUUCCCUCAACUUCGAGGCGUGUACUCCUUCAUGGGCCUGACUGGUGAGAUUGGAAAUCUCUCAAUGCCGAACUUCAAAAACACCACUCAAUCGAGAUUGACACUCAACGCCUCCGCCUCUGCGCUCGAUAUCAACCUCCCUAUCGAGUACGCUGAUGAGAUCCAGUUAUACGGGAACAUCUCGAGGUAUUCUAUCAACUCCAUCCAUUGUCUCGUCCAACUGAACCAACAUGACUAUCAUAGUGUCCAACUCCCCAACCUCAAACACAUCGACAGCCUCGGGAUAAACUCCAAGCUCGAUAUGAACUGCGACUCCACCCUAGACGCCAUCUCAACGGCACUAAAUAGGACUAUCGGGCCCGGAGACGCGCUAUCCUGCACAUCGACGCACAAGCCAACCGGCGGGCUCAGCAGCGGCGCCAAAAUCGCGAUUGGCGUCGUGGUUGGUGUUGUUGGACUAGGUGCUAUACUUGGAGGGCUGUUUCUGUUGAGGAAGAGGAGAGCUAAGAAGUAG